AUGGGGUGGAUUGUUGCUGUUGUGAUCGCCGUGCUGCAGCUCAGCAGACCGUCGCUGCAGGAGGAUCCUCUGUGGGCCGAACUGGAAAAGGCCAGCAAGCUACAGCUAAACCCCUUACUUGAAAAUGUCGUCCCCUCCAGAGAAAACACCAACGCUCCAGAGCUUGGAGUGAUUCCUGAAAUGGAGACGACCUCCCACUCCUUCCCCAUGUAUGAUGAGCAUGUGAACCUCAAGUGGGUGGAGUGGAACGGUUCGCUUCCCAAUGGUGUCGUUGCCAUCUUCAACGGCUACACUGAACGCACAGACUACGUGUGCAAGGUGAACUGUGAGGCCGGCUUCUACACGCCAAGCAAAGGGAGCUUCUGUCAGUACCCCUACGCUGAUAAGGAGUACGCUUCUUCCAAGUUUGACCUGCUGGUCAACGUGGACCAUUUCGAGUUCCUGCAGUGGGUGGAAGAUUCAUAUGGAUCUGUCCCUCAGUACGCCAUCAAAACUUGUCCCAACUCAGACAUCUACGUAGGUAAGAACAAGUAUGGUUUAGGUAAAGUGGCGAGCCAACACGAGGCCUUCUUUCUCCCAUGGGAGGGUGAUGAGUACUGGUACAAAAGCUAUCAGGUUCUGGCCAUCAACGGGGACAGCUACACUCAGCACAUUUCUCACGUGGAGUACGCCAUUGACCAGAUGGAGCUGUUCCACUAUCCUCCAGAGGCCCUGAAGCUCGCCAAGGUCACCAACCUAGAAUGCAGAGACGUGACCAAGAUGGUGACGCUGGAGAAGACCAGCACCAUGGAGAAGUUCUGGGACAUCGGCAGGGAGACCCGCAAUGGCUCUGUGUCCACCAUGAAGGCCAAAGUGCCCAUCCUCGGUCCAGGGACGGUGGACUUCACCAAGGAGCAGACAGUCACCUUCUCAGAGGGGACCACGAUGGUGGAAUCCAUCAGUCACUCGGUCUCCGUCGAGCUGGUGGUCCCACCCAACCACUCCUGCUCGGUGAGAAUGGACGGCAGGAAGAUGAAAGCCGACAUCCCUUUUACAGGCAGACUGAGCAGGACCAAUCACAACGGAGACACUCACUGGACUCACCUGACGGGCACCUACGAUGGCGUCAGUGUGGGGGAGAUCAACGCUGUGGUGGAGAGGUGUCAGCCAGUGACCGAUGCUGUUCCCUGCUCCACCCUGGAGUGA